AUGCGUUUUUAUAUUGCCUUGGUCGCAGCCUUUGCCGGCGUCUCUUUUGCGGAUAUGCACUACAGCUGCACCUGCCACAAUGGCGAUAGCUACAACUGGCGAAUCACUAGCCCUGCUUGCUCAUUUUACGCACCCGAUCGCCCUGCGGACGUCUCUUAUGUCACGGACACGGGCCGCUGCACAUCUGCAUCUGGUAGCCAGAUCGAUGGUGACUCGUGGCAAGCGGCCUGCCAGAAGAUUGCGACAGAGGGCUUUGACUGUGCUGACGGUCAGGGCAAGUGCUAUGCAGAGUCGAGUGAUGUGACCGGCUCUUGUGAUUAA